AGAGUCCAAACCCUAUGGAACAAAAGGCGUGGCCAUUUUUAGUACAUGAAAAAUCAACCAGGCCACCUAUAACUGGUGCCACCUUACCACACACUGCUUAAAUUACCUGACCCCACCAUUCUUCUCGUUACAUUGUAUCAGAUUAAGCCCUCCACUUCAUCUUUUCCUACCUUGUCUCCUCUGAUGCUUUCUUUUGCCAACUUCAACUUUAGAGAUCACAGAGAGACUCAAACCCACAUUCUUAAGGUUGGUCUAGCAGGAUCUGAAAGAUCCAUUCUUGGUGCUCCAACAGGUGGUUGCAGUUUGUCUCAUGAGAAGUUUGCUUGCUAAGACUUAAGAAAGAGUUCAUCUUAUUUGCUUCAGUGACCACUGCCCAGCAAGGGUUGGUUGAUCAGAAACUGGGUUCUUUUAGCUAUUUCUUUGAAAUGAGGUAUUGCUGAAGAUGGUAAUGGUGGGAGUUAGAGAGUGUGGUAGAAGCAGGCGAAUUCCUCCAUUUCUUGGAUGUGUUUGUUCUGGCUUGCAUGCAGCCCUAGGGGGAUAGCGAUGGAGGGCUCAUCUGAGUCUGCUUGGCAGAAGUCUGAUAGUCAUAGGGAAUUUAAUACUUCAGUGGUUUCCAACAGGAAUCUGAGAUCUACAUCUCACAAUUCUGGGUUUAGAAAGGAGAGGACUGAUAGGGUUGUUCUGGCGCGUCAAAACCUUAAAAACCAGGCCGGUACUUUAUCUGGGGUUUGUGAGGAUGAAGCUGCAGUUGACCGUUUUAUGCAAACCAUAGAAUGGAACGAUGUUAGCUUGAGGCACUGGUUGGACAAACCACAACGGUCUGUUAAUGAAUUUGAAUGUUCGCACAUAUUUAGGCAAGUAGUCGAAGUUGUAAAUGUGGCACAUUCACAAGGAAUUGUUGUUCACAAUGUCCGGCCUUCUUGCUUUGUUAUGUCGUCAUUUAACCAUGUCUCCUUCAUUGAGUCCGCGUCUUGCUCAGAUUCCGGGUCUGAUUCUUUGGAUGAUGGAUUGAACAGCGAAACUAUGGAGGUUAAAAAUUCUUCUUCUUCUUUGCCCCAUGACAUGUGCCAGCAAAGAAGUAGGUUACAAAGUGAAGAUUUUCUACCUGCAUCUACUCCAACAAAUACUUUAUCGGAAGCCAGUUGCAUGCAGUCGAGCUUGGUUUAUGCAGCAGAUGUACCAUUAGUGGAAGAAACAGAAGAACAUAAAGUCCAUGAUAUGAGGAAUGUCGAACAUGAAGAAGAAAGGGAACAACCAUUUCCAAUGAAGCAAAUAUUGCUUAUGGAGUCCUGUUGGUAUACCAGUCCUGAAGAGGAUGCUGGUUCACCAAGCUCUUGCGCUUCAGACAUCUACCGAUUGGGAGUUCUUCUUUUCGAGUUGUUCUGCCCAUUCACUUCAAGUGAAGACAAAAGCAGAACUAUGUCUAGUCUCAGACAUCGAGUUCUUCCUCCUCAACUGCUGCUCAAGUGGUCAAAAGAAGCUUCAUUUUGCUUAUGGUUACUGCACCCUGAGCCAAGUAGUCGGCCAAAAAUAGGUGAAUUGCUGCAAAGCGACUUUCUUAAUGAACCAAUAAACAAUUUGGAAGAGCUUGAAGCAGCAACACAGCUUAGAGAGAGAAUAGAGGAGCAGGAAUUGUUGCUGGAAUUCCUUUUACUAAUACAACAAAGAAAACAGGAUGCAGCUGAUAAGUUGCAAGAUACUAUUUCUCUUCUAUGUUCUGAUAUUGAAGAAGUUACAAAGCAUCAAGUGUUUCUUAAGAAAAAGGGAGACACAUGUAAAGAAAGAGGAGAGGGUGAUCAUUUAACAUCAAAUAUCCCUGCACUGAAUGUUGUUGACAUUGAUGAUUCUUCUAGCUUGGGUUCCAGAAAACGAUUUUGCCCAGGCCUUGAGAUUCACAACGUAGAGAAAUGUGAUGAUAAUCUAGAUGAAAGUCAGAACUCAGAUACAUUUGUAGAAUCACAGGAAAGUCCUCUUUUUAGAAGUUCACGAUUAAUGAAGAACUUUAAGAAAUUAGAGUCCGCAUAUUUUUUGACAAGAUGCAGACCAGUAAGGCCACCAGGGAAACCAUCAUUUGCUAGAAAUUUACCAGUAAUUAGUGAUGGGAGAAUCUCUAUUGUUGCUACUGAAAGAAGCUCCAUAAAUAGCAUAGCACCAAAGCAGCAGUUUACUGAGGGUAGACGAAGUGGAUGGAUAAGUCCAUUCCUUGAGGGUUUGUGCAAGUAUCUAUCUUUUAGCAAGUUAAAAGUGAAGGCUGACCUGAAGCAAGGGGAUUUGUUGAACUCUUCAAACCUAGUCUGCUCUAUUAGUUUUGAUCGUGAUGGAGAAUUUUUUGCUACAGCUGGUGUAAAUAAAAAGAUAAAAGUAUUUGAAUGUGAUACAAUUAUAAAUGAAGCUCGUGAUAUCCACUAUCCUGUUGUUGAAAUGGUAUGCAGGUCAAAGCUAAGCAGCAUAUGUUGGAACAGCUACAUUAAAAGCCAACUUGCUUCGAGUAACUUUGAAGGUGUGGUGCAGGUAUGGGAUGUUACAAGAAGUCAAGUAGUGACAGAAAUGAGAGAGCAUGAGAGGCGUGUGUGGUCUGUUGACUUUUCAUCAGCAGAUCCCACAAUGCUGGCUAGUGGGAGUGAUGAUGGUUCCGUCAAGCUAUGGAGUAUCAAUCAGGGAGUAAGUAUCGGUUCCAUCAAAACAAAAGCCAACAUCUGCUGUGUUCAGUUUCCCUUGGAUUCUAGUUGUUCUAUUGCUUUUGGUUCAGCAGAUCACAGAAUUUAUUACUAUGAUCUCCGCAACUCCAAAGUUCCUCUCUGUACAUUGAUUGGACACAAUAAAACUGUGAGUUAUGUGAAGUUUGUAGAUAUGACCAAUCUUGUUUCGGCAUCAACGGACAACACACUGAAGCUCUGGGAUUUGUCAAUGGGCACAUCUAGGGUUAUUGAUAGCCCCGUUCAAUCCUUCACAGGCCACAUGAAUGCAAAGUAAUGUUCUUCGGAGUCAAGUUGUGAAGAGGGGGCUGGGAAAUGGUAUGUUAACUUUUUUACUAUAUUGAUAAAAAAUUAUUAAGGACUCGCAAAGAAGAAAACAUUAUGGAGUUGCCAGACAUGAAGUUCUGUGCCUUCAAAAGUGAUUUUCAUUCAAAACAUGUUUCACUUGGAUGAAAAGUUGGCUUGUGAUUUCCUUAUAAAGUAGAUGUUUCGGAGAAUGCACAUAACCAUCCGAAGGGUUUAAUAAAAACUGCACAAUUAAUCUUCAUGUAAGCUAGUUAUAUCGUUGGGAGAACUAAGGCUGCUAUGCAUUGCAUCUGGGGGUUACUGGCAGUGGAUGAGGUGAAUCAAAUUUAUUCUAGCAAUUAAUAUAAUGCUCUAUCUUAAUGUUUUUUUUUUUGUGUGUGUUUGUGUGUUGAACUGCUGAAAUUUGUUGAAUUCCAUCAGUUACACCAAAAGCUUCUGAUAGUGAUAGUCUCGAGGAUAUAAAUUUGAAUACAAAGUUCUAGAAUAGUCUGUGUUUUACCUUUCAUAUUGUGUUCAUGUUGAAAUCAGGGAUCGGGUGCUCAGAAUAGUUAUGACUGGUCAUCAUGUUAAACGUUAGAAAAUACCUACUAAAAAAAUGAAAUAAUGAAGGAAACAUUCAAGGACCUUUUUUCUGGCUUAGGUACUUCACCAUGCACGUAUAUGCUAGAAGAUUCACUGUUAAGUUGCUUCAAUUUCUUAGUUUAUUGUAUGUUUGAUGUACUUGUUACAAUGAUAGAUGAAUUUUUUUUGGUGGCCAUGCUUGACACUUUUG